UACGUACGGCCGCUGCGCAACUCCUUCUGGGUAACUGUUAUGUCUGUCCUGCACGUUGACAUUGUGCUAGUGAGCUGACAGAAGAACUUGUCACACGCAGGUCAGUCCCUUCUUCUUUCUCCCGCUCUCUGUGUGUUCGCUGCGACGAACCGAAAGGGACGAGGCGUCCGGAACCUGCUGCUGUUAACGGCUGCUGUGUUUACAGGCGCUUACACACCGGGCGGCUAACGUAAGCAUAGCCGCUAACGUUCACCGGGAGGGCAGGAUGGGAGCCUCGCUGUCCACACCUGCUGCUCCUUCAGUCAGGGCGGAGGCCAUGAUGGCCACCCCCCCUCCGGGCUGCCCCAUGCACCAGGAAGCCCAGCCUGUCAAAGUGUCUCCACCUCCAGAGUGCCCCAUGCAUCAAGCUCAGCCUGUGAAAGCGUCUCCCCCGCCAGAGUGUCCGAUGCACCGAGCAGAACCAGGUCCAGCUCACCAGGAACGGGCCUAUGAGUUUGUGGAGUGUCCCAUGAAGGCGGCAGAAGGCAUGAAGAGUGACAUCGACCCGGCAAAUAUGAUGCCUCCCCCGAACCAGAAACCAGCUCCAGACCAGCCCUUCGAACUCCCCGUGGCCAGGCAGGAGUCCUCUAUUCCCCGCCACGACACGGACAAGAAGUGGGUGUACCCAUCGGAGCAGAUGUUCUGGAACGCCAUGCUGCGGAAAGGGUGGCGCUGGCGUGAAGAUGACCUCGAAGCUCAAGAUAUGACCAACAUCAUUAAAAUCCACAACCAGAACAACGAGCAGGCCUGGCAGGAGAUCCUGAAAUGGGAGGCCCUACAUGCAGGUGAGUGUCCAUGUGGGCCCACCUUGAAGAGGUUUGGGGGCAAAGCCAAGGAGUUCUCGCCCAGGGCUCGCCUCCGCCACUGGAUGGGCUACGAGCUGCCAUUUGACCGCCACGACUGGAUCAUCGACCGCUGUGGGCGGGAGGUGCGCUACGUCAUUGACUACUACGACGGUGAGAUCAACAAGGAGAACUACCAGUUCUCCAUCCUGGAUGUACGCCCCGCUUACGACUCUUUAGGCGCCGUCUGGGACCGUAUGAAGGUGGCCUGGUGGCGCUGGACCUCCUAACGGACUCAGACACACACACACUCCACACACACACACCACACACCACACACCACACACACACACACACACACACACACACACACACACAUGUACACAUAUGGAGCUGGCUGUGUACCAGAGGUGUGGUGCUGGGAGAAGAAUACGACUAAAGAAAGUGAGUCAGUUAGUUAGUUAGUUAGUUAGUUAGUUCAUGCUGUAUAAAGCUGCAUCUGCUAAUCAUAUUGACUUCAGUGGAACUUCUGGGUUUGCUUUGCAGUUCACAGCUUCCCUUUGCUCUCACUUUCGAUGGAGCUAUAGGAGCAGCGGCUCACCUUCAUGCUGUUUUUCCAUACACGGGUGCUGGCUCGGCCCGGCUCGGCCCAGCACAGCACAGCACAGCGGGGGUUUGCAUCUCCGUUACGACAGGGCUCCAAGCUGUGUCUCUGUCUUCUCUUGAGUCGAUGACGUUUAAAAGCGGCGGGCUGAUCCACGGCUGUGACUAGUGGUCAGACACAUUUCAUAUCCUGUAACCUCUUCACAAUAAAAGUCCCCCACGUGUUAUUUUACAGCUUUUAUCAUGAAGCUGCAAAAUCAGGAAAUGUUGGGUCUUCAUCAGCAGUAACUUAACACGACUCAUCCAACAGUAAAAUGGAGCAGAUAUCUGAGCGUA